AUGAGGGCGUUCCAAGAGACAGCGUCUUCUGCGCUAUCCAUCCCGUCGAACACCCUCCUCGACGCCUCCAUGGACCCCCACUUGGCGUACAUGGUGACGAGGCUGUUGCAGACGUUGCGACUCCCCCGGACCCCCGCUUUGAAGCAGAACCCGUGGAUCGCCUCGCCGGAGCGGGCAGAGGGCCCCGAAGCCGCCACCGCGGAGAUCAAGGCGAUGAAGGUGACAAUAUUCGGCUCCACGCCGUCCAGCAGCAUCUCCUUGAAGAGCGCCAGGGCCUCGCCGGCAUCGAUGGAGAUCAUCGUCGUCCACGAGACGACGUUCCGCUCCUCCACGUCCUGGAAGACCCUCCGGGCGCAGUCCGUCGACCCACACUUGGCGUACAUCGACAUGAGAACGUUCGACACCGACGCGCCCUUGACGAGUCUGCUCUUCAUGGCCAUGCCGUGGACCUGGCGCCCCAUGCGCAGGUUCCUCUCGUGCCCGCAGGCCGCGAGCGCGCUCGAGAGUGAGACGUGGUCCACCACUAGUCCUUCCCUGGUCAUUGCGACGAAAACCUCCAUGGCCCGAGCCCAGCGGUCCUCCUCCUGAGCGUACCCCGAAAUCAGAGCAUUCCAGGAAACCAGGUCCCUCUCGACCAUUUCUCCGAACACCCUGUCAGCUUCUUCCAGGAGACCCGCCUUCGCAUACGCCGAUAUCAGGGCGUUCCCGACGAAGGUAUCCGACUCGAAGCCCGCCUUCACCACUUGAGAGUGGAGCUGCAGGGCAAAGCCACUGCCGCCGCCGCCGCCGCCGCCGCCGUCGUCGUCGUCGUCGAGGUCCGACGUGUAG